AACAUUGUCGCGCUCUCCAGCUCAUUCUAUCUGAACCAUCUGCUUUCACACGCACUGGUGAACUUAUAUACCCACCCUCCUUCUAACGUUACGACAGCUCUACUCUACUUCUAUUGCUGAAUAAAUCACGAUGGUAGCCAAGAAACGAGCAGCAACCGCGACAGCAGACACCGGCGAUUCGAAGGCCUCGAGAUCAUCGACAACGGCAACGAAGAAGCAGAAUGCAAAGCAGACUGCUAAAUCUCAGAAAUACACAUCUCUGUCGGCACUGGUGGAUAGCUCGGAUGUUUCUGAGGAUGAGCUAGCAAGUGACGGUGCUUCUGCGAGCGAGCUUGAAGAAGAGGAGAUUAUUGCUCCUCCGAAGGCGAAGAGAGCAAAGACCGCAGCGGCAUCGAGCGCGAAGAAAGAACCACCGGCCCGAAAGAACAAAAUAGCAAAGGCUCUGGCUGAGGUCGAGGAAGAGGAGGACCAGCAGAUUGCUGCGCACGGAAAGGAGAACAAGCAGAUAGUCCCAUCCUCAGCACUUCGAAAGCCAAAAGCUGCAUCUGUUGCGUCAACGCCUUUGACGACAGCGACCAGCAAAGCCAACAGUGUCCGUGCAUCGUCUGUCCUAAAGGCGACCGGCACGACCUCUCGAACCUCGUCUGCUAUCAAGGCCUCGGCGACUAAAAAGUUCGAACCUCGCGCUAGACUCACACGACCUCCUAGGCUUGAGUUUGUUCCAGAAACCCAGGACGCUUAUGCUAUUGACGAGGAGGACGAGAACAUUGAGGUUCUGCCGCAGCAGCAGGACGAGUCUGGCCAAGUUUCUUCGGAAGCCUAUAGGCGUCUACUAGCACAGCAUGAGAGCCUAAAAGCCAAAUUUUCUAAACUCAGCAACUUGCGCGAGACCGCGGCAGAGGCUGCGCUUACAUCAUACAAGAGUUCUGCUGAACGACGAUUUGCCGCCGCAGAUGAGCUGAUCACGGAGUUACGAGGGGAGCUGUUGGAACGAUCACGCAAGAUCAAGCAAAUGGAGUCAGCAGUGAAAGAUACAUCUGCGUCAGAGGAGACAGUGGCUAAGCUCAAUACUACUAUUCAGAAGUUGAGCCAGGAAAACAGCAUGCUGAAGGCCAAAUUCUUGACAACCAGCAACACUGCUAGUAGUGGCGGCCAUCCGACCACGCCGAUCGAUAAACUCAAGGAGGAUAUAAUCUCGGAUCUUACUGGUCUGAUUGUGCGUGAUGUCAGAAAGGAUGGAGAGAAUGUUGUGUUUGACUGCUUACAAGCUGGCCGCAACGGUGCGUUUCACUAUAAACUGCUGAUCCCUGAUGCCGACAGCGGUUCGGGAAGAUACGACGACUCAGCGGUUACGCUCGUGCCGAUGAUUGACGAGAAGAGAGACGCUUUACUAUUGUCGCUACUACCUGAUUAUUUCACCGAAUCGCUGACGUUUAUGAGAAACGCGACCGCACAGUGCUAUCUGAAGAUUUCCCAGGCUCUGCAAAAGAAUACCGAGAAAGCAUAGUUGGCUUUUUUCUAUUUUCUAUAUCUGUUUCCUUUUCUCUUAUUUUCUUCGUUUGCUUUGAUCUAUGUUUUCGGGGGUAGCAGUAUACGAUAGAACGAAGUUAGUAAUGUGUAUUUUAGAUUCGAGAGGUGUGUUUUUUUAUUCAACUUAAUGAGACUU